AGGACUGUGGGGGUGUUUUCCUCGGGCUGCUGCUGCACAGCUUGAAAACUUUUUUCCCAGUGUUGGGCAGAGAGCCCUGCUGACUCGUCCUCUCGUUUCAUUCAGUCUGCUGCUGCAGGAAGAGCUUCCCGUUGGCUUGUAAAGGCUUUAUAACGGAUUUCCCCAUCCAGGGCGCGUGUUACGCUCAGGAAAAUGAACAGAUUGCGCUCCGCUGCCUGGCCCUUGAAGAAACUUCAGAGGAGGUAGCGGCCAGUUCGUGCUGAAGAGCAGAGGAGCAGCUUGUUUACAGCUUUCAGAUUGGCCGUGAGGAGGCCUACAGCUGCAGCCUGGAGGAAUGAGGGAGCAAAGCUAAAGCCAGGAUGGAACUGAAGGUGUGGGUGGAUGGAGUCCAGCGCGUGGUCUGCGGCGUCACAGAGGCCACCACCUGUCAGGAAGUGGUCAUCGCACUGGCUCAGGCUAUAGGCCGCACUGGGCGCUACACGCUGAUCGAGAAAUGGAGGGAUUCUGAGCGACACUUGGCUCCUCAUGAAAGCCCAGUGGCCUCCUUGAACACUUGGGGUCAGUACGCUGGUGAUGUUCAGUUCAUCCUACACCGAACAGGUCCCUCUCUUAUGGAGCACCCCCCGUCUGAGGGGCUGGUCCCCCGGGGUCCCGAGCGUGGCCUGCACCGUCAGAGCCUCCCCAUAAUGGCCAAGCUUCGAGCUCCAGGGGAACGCUCGCUCCUCCGUCGGCGCGAACCGCGCCGCAAGUCUCUCACCUUUACUGGUGGUCCACGGGGGCUCAGAGACAUUCUGAGUGGUGGCCGGCUUGGGGACAGCGAGGUUAAACGCCGUGUGCUUCUGGUUAACAGUGGCCACCAAGGCCCAUCACUGUCUCCCCGGUUACCUGGGAACCGUCUGGAGGACCUGAGCCGUCUGGUCAGGCUACAGAGGGAGACUCUGGCUGUUUUGGACCACAGGAUGGAAGCUUACGAGGCUGAGCUGCAGGCAUGGAGCAACAAGAGAGGAGCAAAUGACGAGGACUCGUGGGCUGCAGUGAUGGAUGAGAUAGUUUGUCUAGAGCAGCAGAUGCGUAAGAACGAGGUGGAGGUAGAGGAGGAGGAGUUCUGGGCGAGCGAGCUGCAGAUUGAACGGGAGAGUGAGCGACAGCUAGAGGAGCGACUGCAGGAGCUGCGCAACCGGCUGCAUGUCUGCGAGGCAGAGUUAGAUCAGCGGCUGGCCUGCCUACAAGGCGUGGAGGCCGGUCUUGAGGCCCAGCGGCUCCAGAAGGAGAUGCGGGCGACACAGCAGGCGAGCGAGGGGGAGGUGAAGGCAAGGCUGCAAAGGGUAAAGGCAGAACUCAAAGCCCAGGCUCAGCACACGGCACAGCUGGAGAGCAGCUGUAGAGCAGUGGAAAGAUCGCUGGGCCAGUCAAGUAAGAGGCUACAGGAGAGUCAGUAUGAGCUGGAGCAGCUGACGAAAGAGCUGAGGCAAGUGAACCUGCAGCAGUUCAUCCAGCAGACUGGCACUAAAGUGACCGUGCUGCCUGUGGAGCCUAGUGAUGCGGAGGCCAGCCCCACGCCUCAGGACACAGAUUUUGUAGCCCUGACUGGUUCUCUAAAGCGGCCAAGCCCGUCUCACAUGGUGGGAGUUAACCUGCGUGUGCUGCACAGCCCUAUCACCUCCGCUCUGAACCCCGAGGGCAUCUACGUCUGAGGAGCACCACCUUCACAAAUCCAAAGGAACUCCAGAACAGGUCCACAUGUCACACCUUCCCACUUUUUUUUUUUUUUUAAGAACAGAGCACAGUGUUUUAACAGUUUUACUGUCUUUGCACCAUCAGUAUUUUGAAAGGCACUCACUGGAAGUGAAUAGUUGGUUAAGGCUUGUAGUUACUAGUGCUGGGCAACAGAUCGAACAACACAGACAUAUUAAGACUGUGGUGAUAUAUUUUCUAUCUGUGGUAAACUGUAAAUAUACCUCAACACAAGAACUGUCUGCUCUGUCUGCAACAUUGUUUGCAGAUCCUUUCUGUCAGGCACAUAAACAAGCUGAAUAUGCUUAUUUUCAUGUGCAAGAAGUUACGUCGACUAUGGGGAAAUAGGCAUUGCAAGUGUUUUAGAAGGAUAACAGAUAUGGGAUGAAAUGUGAAUACAUUUUUGUAAAGUUGUUAUAUUGUUAGUUCAACCACAAAGAGAUCUGUACACAUGGUUCAUGUGUCACAUGCACGUUUCUAAAUUUUCUUGUGGCAUCAAGUGUUUAUGCUGGGGUUAGGAUGUUGCCACAGUUGGUAUUGCUUUCAUUGAGUAAAACAUUAUUUUUUCCCGCAACAUUGAGCCAAAGAUGCCUGCUAAUAUGUAUAUAUUUUUGGUAGCCAUAUCUAACUGCUUGGUUGCAGUUAUAUAGCAAUAACUCUCUGACUAUAUAAUGUGCAAAAUUUGCAUUAUGUUUACCCUUUUAACCCUUACUAAUAUGCAUUUAAUGCAGCAAGACUGCCAUGCUUAUGCAUAAAAAUAAGCUUUGCAUUGAUAAUGAACGAAGUAUUAGCAAACUGCAGUAUUAUAUUACGCUAGAGAAAAUUCACACAUUGGGUUCUGCCAGAUAAUCAAUCUAUAUACAGCUGUGUAGCUGUAUAUAACUAGUGCAACUAGUGCCUUAAAGCUCUCACGAAGCAUUAACAUGCUCAGAUUCAUAGGGAGCGUUUUCAUGUGUGAAUUAUAUGGUGGUAGACAGUAACUGAAGUGUAUCUAUUCUUUUGUAUCAAUUCUCUUUGGCUGUGUUUGAAAUUGCCCACUCAUUGAUUAUUCCCUAUAUCCAAAUUACUGCUCUAAACACUGAAGGAGGGGGAACAAGUACAGUCAUAUGCAGAAGUUUGAACACCCCAGUCAAUUUACAUGUUUUAUUGAUUUUUGCGAAGAUAAGUGAACACAUCCUCUACGGGGAACAUCAUAAAACAUGAUGGAAAAUAAAUAAAAUAUACAUUUUAAAUACGCCAUAACUUGCACACAGACCACAUUGUAUCAUUAUUUUUAUUUAUUUAUUUAUUUAUUUUUACAAUAUGUUAAAUUCAGCAAAUAAACAGUAACUGUGCAUUAAAAUGAGCAGAAGUGUAUUCUUUGUAGAGCAUGUGUAACUUCUUAUCACUUAGAACAAUCAAUGAAAUGUGAUUUGACCAGGGGUGCUCAAACUUUUACAUACGACUGUGUGUGGAACAGUAGGAGGAUUUUAGGCUCUAGCAUUGUUUCUCGGUAACUUCGCAACCAGUUGCACACCAGCUAUUAGCACUUUGCAAAAACAUUGGUAUGCUGCUAAAGCUGACCUUUAAAAUGUAAAGUUUUAUAUAUUUAUAUCUGAAAAGAAAAUGUCAAUGAAAAUGUCAAGUUAAACUUAAUUAUAUACUGUAUUUCAAACUUUAAACUUCAUUAUAUGCUGUAAAUGUUCUGAGCUACAUUUUUCCACUAUGAAUUCCCCAACAAGAUGGUGCAGAAAAAAAAAUAGAACCAGUAAAUCAGAUAGGGAGCGAUUUCAGACACAGCCAUUGUCAUCUUGUGUUAUUUACUGCAUUUUUGUAUAGUUCAAUGAAUAUACUGUCAAUUUUACAAUGUUUCUUUAAGUUUUUCACUUUAAAGCAUCUUUGAAGACUUGGUAAAGCCAUUCACAUGUAAACGAUAUAUAUUGUUUAUAAAUCUAUUGUUUUAUUGCACUGUAUUUCAACAUUAAAAUCAAAUUAACCCA